GCGGAACAGGUAGGCGCUGGUCAUCCAGCUCAGUCUUGGCGACGUCCAAGGUCAUGCAGCAGUCCAGUGCACUUUUCAAACCAUAUUGACUGCUCGGAAUGUUAUUGGAUCUAUUAUCAAGGCGUUCUCAGAUUACCAAGUCUUAAUAUUGUUGAUAACACAAUAUCACUUAGAUAAGUUAAAGUGCCGUGGUAAAAGUUGAUGUACUGAUGAACAGUCUGCUCUAUCGCUUAGACGUCUCUCACCGACUGAUACGCAGCAAUAAAUCAACCAAGAUGGAGGAGUCCUGGAUGACCAGUUCGUUCCUCGCCCAGGUCUUGCAGUCCGUGGAGGAAACCCAAGAGGAAGUGGAAGUGAUCAAGGUCCAGUCGUCUUCUGUAGUUCCUUCCGGUGCAAACUACUGUAGUCUGCUGUCCAGAGUCCAUGUCAACUACAAAUUGGGUCAAGAAAAUGUAGUUAAGUCCACAUCAUUGAUCGUGAAAACCCCUCUUGUAUCUGGAGAAAUGAAGAACUUCCUCGAGAGAGCUGGAGUGUACCGAACGGAAUGUGUGGUUUACAACGAGAUAUUACCAAAAAUGUACGAACUUAAAGACUUGAAGUGCACAGCGAAAUCCUUCCACUGUCCUCUUGAAAAAUCACUAGUGUUGGAGGACCUGAAACUCAGUGGCUUUGUCAUGGCGGAUCGACUGAAGCAACUAGACUUCCAACACUGCCAGCUUGUGCUGGAGCGGAUGGCUAUGUUUCACGCUCUAUCGGUAGGGGUUCACCACAGAUACCCGGAUUUACUGCCGAACACCGGUGUCCAUCUAUUAUACAACGACACCUUGCCGGAACUGUACAAGAAGCAGCUGAGAGGUAUGAGCCAGACAAAUUUGACAUCGCUGAUCGAAGAAUUAGAGGGAAUCGAUGGCUGCAAAAAGUACGCUGAUGCAAUUCGUGAUAUCGCUCCCUCACACUAUAAUAAGGCGUUGGAGUUCUUGGUACCAGGUGAUAAAGGCCUAAACGUUUACAACUUCGGUGAUGUCUGGAUCAACAACAUGAUGUUCAAGUACAACGACGACGGUGAGGUAGUCGAAGUCAAGUUCAUCGACUUCCAAAACGCUCUGUUCGGCACGUACGCCGUCGACCUGAACUACUUCUGGUGGUCGAGUGCUAACGAGAGUGUGCGGGAAAAUCACAGAGAGGAACUGUUCGAGGUUUACCGUCGGACUCUGAACAGGACCCUCGAUGAGAUCGGAUGUUCUGAGCAUCUAACAAAGGAAGACUUUGAUCGACAGAUGAAAUCGUCUGGACCUUACGUAGUUUACGUCCUGUACGGUAUCCUUCCAGUCGUAAUGGCCCAACCCAAUGACCACGUAGAAUUCAGUAAUCUCAGUUCGGAUCAGUUUGUGGACGCCCCCAACAGGAAGAACCUACGGAGUCUUUAUUACAGGAAAAAUAUACUGAAAGUAUUGCAACAGCUUGAUAAGUGUGGAGUGCUAAAGUCAAACACAUGAAUAUUAUAGUACGGAAACCCUUACUAUGUUUUAGUAUUUAAAGUAUUAUUUCAUUACAAUAAUAGCUAAUGUGCAGUUUGUACUUUAGGACUUUCUUCGCAUAACAAUGAGCAAACCUCUAAAUAAAAGACACGCAUAAGAAAACAAUUGUACUAAAAACCCUAGUAGAAAAAUAUGAACGUUCUUUUCACAUAUAUGAACAUUGCAGUAAGAAUGGAAACUGCUGUUUUCAAGUUUCACUCGGGGGAGGUCUCUGUUACGUAGUAUACUAUAGAAUAGAGCAUUGAUAAAUAUUAGAGGAGUCAAGGGCACCCAAUUGUACUUAUUAUCAAUAUUUGCCGUUCCAUGUUAAAUGCUGUGGAAUGGAACGAUAUGUCAUCAUAUAGAAGUUUCUAAUUUUUGGUCCCAAUUUAAAUUUUUCUUCAAAUCAAAAUGUUACUUUUACAGCUUUUCCUGUUAGUUAAACGCACACCUGUUAUUUCAAUCAAUGCAAUUGUUAUUGAGCUACUAGUAUUUUUAGUGUAAAUACGUUUAUAUCAAUUGUUUUUAUUUUGAUACAAUUUUGUAUCGUUACAUUUUAUUAUUUCAUCUAAUAAUACAGGUUUAUGUAAUAUUUUAAGUUUAAUAUUAUAUUUUAAGACAGCGGUUAUGCCUACAUGAUGUACAGAGAAAAUAAAAGCUAUCAGUAUUAAACAAA